UCCUCUCUGACCCAGAGCCAUAUAGACGAGAAGAGAAGGAAAAGGGAGAGAGAGAGAGAGAGAGAGAGAGAGAGAAUUACUAAAUUAGAGAGAAAGAGAAGGAAAUCGAGAGGGAAAGUGAGGGAAAAUUGAGAAAGAAAGUGAGAGAAAAUCGGUGAGAGCAGAAUUUGAUGUUGAGAAAACAGUAGAGGGACAAAGAAAGAGUGAGAAAGUGAGAGAAAGUAGAGAGAGAAAUGAAGCACAUUUUCAAGAAGCUUCAUAUAGGAAGCAACCACGACCCUGGUCGAUCCAACGAAACUUCUAAUACCUCCGUCACGCCGCCACAGACAUGCGCCUCCGAUCACCGCACUGUUUCCGGUCAGAACUCCGGCUAUCCUCCCGCAAGCCCAUCUUCGUCUUCGCCGUCGCCGUCUUCGGCUUCCACCGUCAGCGCAACUGGCACCGGAAUACCUUUCUCAGCAACUAUGAAUCGGUCUGAUUACAUGUCGUCUGAAGAGAAAUUUCAGGUUCAGCUUGCCCUAGCGAUCAGCGCUUCGAAUUCGGAUGGUCGCGAUGAUCCGGAGAAGGAUCAAAUCCGAGCGGCGACUCUCUUGAGCUUGGGGACUCAUCGAAUGGAUUCCGCGAGGGACAAGGACGACGCUGCCUCCGAGGCCUUGGCCAGGCACUACUGGGAAUAUAACGUGCUUGACUACGAAGACAAAGUGGUGGAUGGUUUUUAUGAUGUGCAUGGAUUGUCCACAGAAGCUAUUCAAGGAAAAAUGCCUUCACUUGCAGAUCUUGAGACAAACCUUGGAAACUCUGGCUUUGAAGUUUUAUUAGUCAACCGAACAAUUGAUCCUGUGUUGGAAGAGUUAAUUCAAAUUGCACAAUGUAUUGCACUAGACUACCCUGUCAGUGAGGUUACCAUUUUGGUACAGAAGCUGGCUGAGCUCGUUAUGGAACGUAUGGGUGGGCCUGUAAAAGAUGCUAAUUUCAUGUUGGCUAGGUGGAUGGAAAGAAGUACUGAGUUGAGGACAUCUCUACACACCAGUGUAUUUCCUAUUGGGUCCAUAACUCUUGGCCUUUCUCGUCACCGUGCUUUGCUUUUCAAGGUAUUGGCUGACAAUAUCAAGAUGCCUUGUAGACUUCUAAAAGGUAGUCAUUACACAGGUGUCGAGGAUGGUGCUUUCAACGUAAUAAAGUUGGAGGAUGAAAGGGAGUUUUUGGUUGAUCUCAUGGCAGCCCCUGGAACACUUAUUCCAACUGACAUUCCAAGUGCAAAAGACACUACCUUUAAGCCAUACAACCCAAAUAGCAGUAUCAUUCCAACACAUUAUUCACUUAAUGAUUCUGGAGUGGCUUAUUCAGGAGCAUACCCUCCACUUCAAGGUGAGGGAAGCAGCCAAAAUCCUGCAUUUGAAAGCAGCUCAGUGCUAGAUCGAAAUUCAAGGUCUGCAAAGGCAGAAUCUGUGCCUGCAUUCUCUGGUUCUAGUGUCGACAACACUGGUUCUGGUGUCGACAACACUGGUUCUUUUAAAAUACCUAAUAAAGUGGCUCCUUCAAAUCAGUCAGAUCAUCUUCCAUCAUCAGCCAUUGGGGCUUCUCGCUUUAAAGGGAACCGUGGAGCCAAUACAGUUGAUGGAGGUGUAAGGAUGAAUAUGAAUGUAGUUCCAUAUAAUCAAAACCCGGAGGAUCCUAAGAAUCUUUUUGCCGAUCUUAAUCCAUUCCAAAUAAAAGGAACUGGCAAAACUUCCGUGUAUAACAAAACCAUAGAGAAUAAAGUUGAUGAGAUCCAGAGACCAAGGAAUAAUGUUAUCCCUGGCCGACCUCCUGCACCAUUAAUGUGGAAAAGUCUGCAUGCUUGCAAUGAAGUCCCUAGAACAAAAGAGUACGAUUAUAUGGAAGGUCUCUUUCCAAGAAUCAAACGUGAACCUAAUGAUUAUAAGGUAUCAUCAGCUUCUACCAGCAAUACUUCAUCUGAAAAGAUCAAUAAUGACGGUUGUAAAUCAUCUGACAAUACUUCUAGUUGUCAGUUUAAUAAGUUGACUAUGGCGGAGGAUGGAAACACUAACUAUGAGGGAGAACAUCCGAGGGAUGCGAAAGAUUUGCGGAGUGACACAGUAGAUGUGGCAAAAGAAAAUGACGAGAUUGAUUUCCGUUGCCAUAGAAAAUUCACACAUGACACAGUUUUGGGUGCCCAUUUGAAGUUGAAGGAUCCAGAAAGUCCUAGCUCAUCGGUUGAAUCCAGCAGAAAUAGGGUUGAUAAAGUAUUUGAUGAUGUAGAUGUAGGUGAAUGUGAAAUUCCGUGGGAAGAUCUAGUUCUUGGUGAAAGGAUUGGCCUAGGUUCAUAUGGUGAAGUUUACCAUGCGGAUUGGAAUGGAACAGAGGUUGCUGUGAAGAAGUUCUUAGACCAGGAUUUCUCAGGCGCUGCUUUGGCUGAGUUCAAAAGGGAAGUACGGAUAAUGCGUCGGCUGCGUCAUCCAAAUGUUGUUCUAUUUAUGGGUGCUGUUACGCGACCUCCAAACCUCUCUAUUAUUACUGAGUUUCUUCCAAGAGGAAGCCUAUAUCGGAUCAUACAUCGUCCUCAUCAUCAAAUUGAUGAGAAGCGUAGAAUUAAGAUGGCUCUUGAUGUGGCUAGGGGUAUGAAUUGCUUGCAUGCUAGUAUGCCCACAAUUGUUCACAGAGAUUUGAAAUCACCUAACCUUUUGGUUGACAAAAACUGGAAUGUUAAGGUAGGUGAUUUUGGAUUGUCACGGUUGAAACACAACACUUUUCUGUCAUCCAAGUCAACUGCUGGAACGCCUGAGUGGAUGGCACCUGAAGUUCUCCGCAAUGAGCCCUCAAAUGAAAAGUGUGAUGUAUAUAGCUUUGGAGUAAUUUUGUGGGAGCUUGCUACUAUGAGAUUGCCUUGGAGCGGGAUGAAUCCAAUGCAAGUUGUCGGCGCUGUGGGUUUCCAGAAUCGUCGCCUUGAAAUACCAAAGGAAGUGGAUCCUUUGGUUGCAAGUAUAAUUUCUGAGUGUUGGCAGACUGAACCAAACUUGCGGCCCUCGUUUGCGGAGCUGACGGUGGCUCUCAAGCCCUUGCAACGGCUUGCUGUCCCUUCCAAUGUGGACCAGCCAAGUUCACCUCUACCGCAAGAAAUCUCGGUGAAUCCUACUCAAGUGUGAAUAAAGUGAUAUUCAACCUGUAAAUGAUUAGAAUAUAUACUGUAAUUCUAAAUAUGAAAAUCGAAAAGGAAUGAAAGAAAAGCUUGUAAAUGAUUGUAUUUCAACUGCUGCCCAAAGACUGCAGCGGGGUGUUUUUGUACCGAGUGCAAGUCCAUAGUUUAUUCACAAGCAGUGCGCAGUGCCUAACACCCAAAUUUUGGAGGGUUAUAUAUAUAUAUUUUUUAUAUAUAAAAUAUUAUUUUUGUGACGAAUUACAUUGUAUAUGUAUUUUUAUUAGAAAUAUAAAGUCUAAACUACUUUUA